UGAACAUUUUCAAGCAGCUGAAAUGUAACAUGUCAAACUGUAAGAACCCGGUCAAACAUUAUGUGGUUUAUUCCAGCGAGUACAUCUGCGGAAGUUGCAAAGAGCUGACCUACUUGGACAAUGAAGUCAAGCCACUUCCUGUUCCACACAAAAUCGACUAUUCUUUACAGAUAGUUGAAUGAAACAUCGAGACAAUAGAAUUGCUACUUGUACAUAAGCCCACACUCCAGUAUAAGUGGGAGCACUUGAUGGAAUCUUUCAAAAACUUUAAGGUCAGGGUUACUAAGUUGAGGGAAGCCUUUCAAAAUCUCAUUACUAAAAAGUUUUGGUCAAGAAUGGAAGACAUCAGGCCUCAGAUAGAACAACUCAAGCAAGAAUGGAAACAAAGCCCGAUACUUAUUGAACUGCUUCUGUUUAGGAACUCUGAAAACAUCAGACUUAGAGUUAAAGGAAUUGAUGAAGAAGACUCGAUUCUGAACCAGAACAUCCGCCUUAAGAUAACUUUGGAUAAAGUCAGAAGAGAGAGACUUCAGAUUGAAACAGAUCUCAACACCAAGAUAGAAAAACUAUACAUGCACAAUUCAGAAAUUGACAGUCAAAGAGAUCAACUCCAAGAAGAAUUAGACUCCAUGAAACACAGAAUUGCACAACUAGAAACACAGAACACUGAACUAGAAACUCUAAAUAUUGAACUGAAAGCCCAAAACACAGAACUGGAAUCACAGAAAAUCCAAUUGACUACUGAUCUGUGCAAAGCUAAAGCACAAACAGAAGAAAAGAAGGUUCAAAUUGAAGAUAUGAAGACCAGUUAUGCUGGCCUAAAAACUAACUACGAAGAUUUGAAGGCCCUGAUUUCAAAUAAAAUUGAUGAGCUAAAUGUGUCUCACUCUCAAACAGAUAUAAAAUUUCAGAAAUUAUACAGAAGGCUUGAAGAGCAAGGCUCUAAAUUUAACCAAAUUAUUUGCAAAAAUCUUAAAAAUAUGGGAAUGGAUCUAGACUGGAUAGAUGCUAUACUUACCACCAACCAAAAAAAGGAUUCAGAGCAAUCAGAAGGACAUUUUAAAAUUUCUCAAAAUCCUAAAAACCCUACAAACUCAAAAGAGUCUAAAGAAGCAAAGCCAAGAUUAAACUCUACAAGCGGGAUAAUAUCCCAAAGAAGUUCCCCCUUAACCCAAAUGCUUACAAAAGCCUAUGUUAAAAUCGACCCUUCACUUCAAAAAAUCUCAAGCCCCAAAUGCAUUGAAUUCUUAAGACAAAUAGUUUCUCAGAAAGAAAUUGUGUUUUAUUUCAAUUUCGAUGAACAUAAGAAAGUGUUUCAGGAGAUUAAUAAAAUAUUAGUUGACCAUUUAGAGAAGAUAACAUUGUGGCAUUUAGAUCAAGUUGAAACUGGCUUUGCAAUCAACUUCCUCCUAAACUGCAUCCCAGACAAACUCAAAGAGCUCAGCUUCUGGGGAGGUUCUUCCAAACCUUCAAUAACUCCUUACCUUGAUUCCAUUCUAAGCCUCAAGGACGAUAUUGGAGAAAGAAUAUACUUUGACUGUUUCAGAAUUACAGCCAAAGAAAAAGAGAUAAUUCAAGAAGCUUUUGGGAGAAUAAAAGUAGAAUAUGACCGUAAAAUUUCAUUUUUAAUUUUUAGGUGGUAAUCAAAAGGUAGAUUAUGUUUAGAUGUAAAAUUCGUUGACGAGGAUGAUAACCCAGUUCAAUAUAACGGGUUGCUUGAAAUGUUUGGUGGAGAUUCAGAUGAUAAUUAAAACCAAACUAAUUGAGUUUU